CACCUGACGGACACUUAGACAGAGAACGAAGAACCGGAGACAGAAAUAAACCUACAGAAGCAGCUGCAGAGCACCCAGGGUCCUACAUCUCCAUAACGAUGGGGCAAUGGAGGUCUCUAAGGCAGACCCAGUCCUUCCUGUUCAUUCUGUCUGUGGCAGCAGGGACCCUGAGUAUAGAAGUCUUUGCAUCUGUCUGCAACUGCAAUGGUCGCUCCCAGCAGUGCGUGUUUGACCCUGACCUGCUGGCACAGACGGGCAAUGGAUUUCGCUGUAUCAACUGCAUGGGAGACACCGAUGGUCCAAACUGUGAAAGAUGCAAGCAGGGAUAUUACCCACAGGGUGGGGGGACCUGUGUACCCUGCUACUGCAAUUCUAUAGGCUCCCUCAGCACACAGUGUGAUAACUUUGGCCGCUGCAGCUGUAAGCCGGGUGUGAUGGGUGAGAAGUGUGACCGAUGCCAGCCUGGCUUCCACUCCCUCACGGAGACCGGAUGCAGGAGACACGGCUGUCAGUGUGACCCAGCAGGCAGUAUUCAAGGAUGUGACACAGAAGGGACAUGUGUGUGCAAAUCUGCCGUUACUGGAGAGCGAUGUGACAGGUGUAAGCCUGGAUAUUACCACAUGGAUGCAGCACGCACGGAAGGCUGUUUGAAAUGUUUUUGCCAUGGUCACUCUACGUCAUGCAGCAGCUCCAGUCAACACAGUGUGAGAAACAUCACUUCCUCCUUCCAAAAAGACACAGAAGGCUGGAGCGCAGUCUUAAAAGAUGGGUCCCCAGCACCAGUACCUGUUCGGAUGUCUCGACACCAAAAAGAGGUCUACCUAGCAUCGAGACAAAGAGAGCCUCUGUACUUUAAUGCCCCAGCACAGUUCCUGGGAGAUCAGUCUGUGAGCUAUGGACAAGUACUGACUGUAAGUUUCCGUGUGGAUCGAGGGCGUCACAGGGCAGGGGCUGAGGACUUAGUGCUGGAGGGUAAUGGCUUGAGAAUUUAUGCCCCUCUUACGUCUUCCAAAACUGCACUGCCGUGCCGGCUGCCUCAAACAUAUUCAUUCAGGCUAGAUGAGCUAUCUGGAAGCCCUUGGACACCUCGUCUCAGCCACCUUGACUUCCGUCGUCUUUUGAGUAAUUUGACUUCACUUCAAAUCCGCGGAACUUAUGGAGAGUACAGUACAGGAUAUCUCCAAGCUGUCACUCUGGUAUCAGCUCGUCCUGUCCCUGGAGAACCUGCUCCUUGGGUGGAAAAAUGUGUUUGCCCUGCAGGCUACCAGGGGCACUUCUGUGAGAGAUGUGCCCCCGGAUACCGCCGGCAGUCUCCAGGGCUUGGCCGUCUCAGUGCUUGUGUUCCCUGUAACUGUCAGGGCGGAGGUGUGUGUGACCCAGAUACCGGUGACUGUUAUUCUGGAGAUCAGAAUCUAAAUAACGAUUGUGCUGAUUGCCCACAUGGACUUUAUAAUGACCCGCGGGACCCCCAGAACUGUUUACCAUGUCCAUGCAGCGCUGGUAUUGGAUGCUCAUUGUCCCCCGAAACUCAGGAACCUGUAUGUGAUGACUGCCCUGUUGGACUGGGAGGGCCCCGCUGUGACGUAUGUGCCGAUGGAUAUUUUGGAGACCCCCAGGGACUACGUGGACCUCCUCGUCUCUGCAGGCCCUGUGAAUGCAAUAACAAUAUUGAUCCUACUGUAGAGGGAAGCUGCGACAGAGUGACCGGGGAAUGUCUCAAGUGUAUUCACAACACCGGCGGGUUCUACUGUAAUAGCUGCAGAGAAGGCUUCUACGGGAACCCACUGGAUCCUAAUCCAGAGCUCAAGUGCAGAGUCUGUUACUGCCACCCUGUGGGAGCUGAAAAUUCAGGGUGUCAGAAAGAUGGUUCCUGUGUGUGUAGAGCUGGUUUCGAGGGUGAGAAUUGUGAUCGCCCGCAGUGCCCCAGCUGUUACAGCCAGGUCAGCGAGAAGAUCAAUCUGUACAAGAGGGAGCUACAUGGGCUGAUGGGAGCUAAUAGCAACCAACAGUCCCCAGCCAGAGGGGAGCUAGAAAAGAGAAUGAGGAAGGCAGAGGCGGCUGCACGCGAAAUGCUAAGAGAGUCGGAGGCUGCGCAUGGUGCAGAGAUAUCUCUGCAGAGGCGGCUGGCUGGACUUCAGGGAUCCCAGUCUGAGACGCAGAAUGAACUGGAACAAGCCCAGAGGAAGGUCCAGGUGGCGCAGGCCCAGAGCAGUCAGUACCUCGGACAGCUUCAGGAAGCACGGGGGAAGAUAGGCAAUGUGCGGAUUCUGCUACAAGGGAGCCAAGCGGAGCUGGUUGGCAUGACAUUUCCGAAUACGAAUUCCGGCCUGAAUUCCGGCACUUUCGCACAGCUCAGCCAGGAGGCUCAGACGAUAGCAAACAGGCUGGCGCAGGAAUCACAGAUUGUCACGCAGGACGCAGCAGAUGCCCAGGGAGAUACACAGAGAGUUCUUCAGAUUUUGCGCUCUGGAGAUGCUGACCCUGCUGCCGGCGAGAGACUUAGGGCAAGACUAGAGGAGGCUCGCACGCAGGCCAGAGCACUGGAGACAGAGGCCAUUCAGUCUGCAGCCGCCGCAGAGCGCUCUCACCACGAAAGCAUGCAGACAGCCCGUGCCUUGUCACAAACUGCCCGUCUGAACUCCGUGGAAUUCCAGGCUCAGCUACAGCGUCUGCAGGCAGAAUCCACAGCACUCAGAGACUCGGUGGAAGCCGACUUAUCUCAGAGCAAAAAUCUCCAGGGCAAGUUUAAUGUCUGGGAGCAGGAAGCAGAGGAGCAACUCCAGGAGGGACAAAAGAGCAGAGUGUUGGCUGACCAGUUCCUCUCACGGGCAAAUGCCGCCAAGAUCAAAGCAGAGCAGGCUAUGCGUACCGGGAACAGCACCUACUACGACAUUGAGGGUAUCCUCAGCAACCUGAAGGGGUUUGACGAAAAAGUAGGAGACAGACGCAGCGAGGCUGAAGAUGCAAUGAGGCUUCUCCCUGAAAUCCGACGUCGGGUUGAAGCGGCAACAGAUAACUCAGAAAGAGCUGGAAAUAUGCUGCAAGGGGCAGAAAGAGAUGCAAAUAUGGCAACAGGCAACACAGGAGAGGCUCAAAGCAUUACCAACGCUAUUCAACUGGACAUGCUGCGGAUGGGUCAGGAUGCCAACAGUUCGGCAGAAAUGGCUCUUGCUUUGGAGCGUGAAUUUGCAGGGCUGGUCAGGAUGACUAAAGGUACAGCAGAUGAUCUAGAUACCAGGACUCGGACUGCUGAGAGAGACGGUGUGGCUGCAGAAGGGAUUGUGCAGACCGCGCUGGAAGCUGAGGCCGGCGCUUCAGGCGCCGAUAAUGCAGUUACAGCCACACUCAGUGCUCUGGAUCACAUGCUCAGUUUGAUGGACCGGCCACUGGUUGGUAACGAAGAAGGUCUCAGCGAGCUUGAACUCAGUUUGCGCUCUGCUCGUUCUCAGCUAUCUGAACGUCUCAGGCCGGCAGUGAAAGAUAUGGAGCUGGCAGCUGAGCGCCAACGACAGAGGAUUCUCAGCGUAGACUCGGAGAUUAGCGGGAUGCUCAUUGACAUUCAGAGCCUGAGGGACAUCCGUGAUAACCUGCCACCAGGGUGCUACAGCACCACAGCUAUAGAAAGGCCUUGAAAGCUUCUAGGACACGUUAAGGACUGUAUACUGAGAUACCGGCCAUACCAUGAAGCAGUGGACCAUACCAAAUCAUUCAUACUGUGAUAACUCUCCGGAGGCUUUUUAAUGCAAUCUUUAUCAUGCAAUUUUGUAUGCACGUGAAAUGACAAAAAAGAGAGACAUAUUCCUUUUGGAAAGGCGCCCGAGAAACCACUUACACGUGAUGAAAGGAGAGACCAUCCCAGUUUUUCUAUCUCUGCAACAUAUUUCUAUUUAUUUAUUAAUAAAAUAUAACCAGAC